AUUGCAAUGGAAUGAAUGAUCAGGACGAGCUUUACUUGAAGCAAGAUUUGUUACUUACCUGACAAAAUUAAAUACAACGGUUUUGUAUUAUGACCCAUCCAGUGUGGUAGUUUGCUUUUAGGCUCAAAGUCACGAUUUGACACAGAGUCAGCCGCAGUGGAGCGAGCGUCUAUUUCUCUGUUUGUGCAUUUCGGUUUUAUUCGGUUUUAUUUAACGCAAAUUCUCUAGUUUAUCAAGUUGAAGCCCUUUAAAGUGCCGUGGUGCUAAUUUGUGCAUAAAAUAAAACAUAGAAUAAAAUGAAGCUGUGUACGGGAGCGUCAUGGGAAGGGGGACUGACGUUGAUUGCGUUCAUAGAUAUUACUUUAGCCACAAUUUCUGUAAUUGCCUCAGCCGCAUUAUUCACCGUUCCAGGAUUAUAUAAUACGGUGCAAGAGAUUUUCUAUGAAUUUGGCGAUUAUCAAAGCCCAGAUGAGCUUCAAUUCACUGUAUGGGCCAUUUUCAUUACAUUAUUGAUCGUGUCCAGCUUAAUUUACUUGGCCAUAGAAGUCGUCUUAUUCCUCACACUACGCGAAGCAACAUCAAAUAGAAGCUACAGCUUGUGUCACAAAUGGUUUUACAUUCGGAUUUCGCUACUAAUUUUCUCCAUUGCCUUUUCCAUUUACCGAAUAUCAGUCCUUGAAUACUCUCCCUAUGAUGCUGUUUUUGAACCCCUCAAGUUUUACAGGGCCAUUGAACUCGUUUUUGUAAGUAAUUUUAUGAGUGAAAUUAAACGCGAGCAAAAAGGACUGAGUCGCCAAAUCAUCGAACAAAUUAUUCGUUCAUCUGUUUAAAUCUCUACUAAAUUUAUACUUUUGUUAUGUUUUUUAAUCGUUUUCAAUUUGGUAAAAGCAUAAUUUAGCAGACUUACAAUUAGUCGGAAUAGGCAAGAGAAUAAAGCUCUUAUUUUUAGAAAUACUUACUAAAGUUAAAGUUUGUGACUUGUGAUAUAUUUUUUUAUUAAGGUAACUCUUCAUCUCGUAAAGAAUAGUUUACCAAUUUUCUUGUCCCAUGAUGCUCAUUGCACAUCGUGAUAAACUUGGACGAUGUAAUGCAUAAUCAUGUAAUUACGCUAGAAAGAGGCCAAUUAGUUUAUGAUUUUGCUUAAUGAAGGAUGAUGUAGAAAAACUGUUGAAAGAUGAGGCUAUUCGCCGUCGUAGUCCAUCAUACUUUAAAUUCAUUCUUAAUUUUGAUCGGCCGAUAGUGUGAGGCAUCCUGCGGUGAUCGUGUGGAUGUUGGUUUGGUAAAUUUAUGUUUUUUUAGUGUCAUGUUUUAUCUUAUAAAUAUACUCACGCAUUUUUUACUAGUGUGGUGAUGAUUUCGGUUAUAAUAGUGAAAGCGGCUUCAAUAAUGAAAAAGUGACUUGAAUAAGAACAACGGAUGAAUAGAUGAAACAACUUUCUUUUCUUGGUUUAUUGGAUGAACGCAAUAAAAGUCAACCUCAUUUACAAUCGAUAUAUAAAUAUAGCGUUCCAUAAUAAAAUGUACAUUUAAAAUUAAUUUUCAACUAGGAGAAUAAUUUUAUAUGCCUCAUAAAAAUAUGUUACCGUGUUUUAAAAAUUAUCGACAAUAAAGGUAUGUUGAAAUCAA